CAUACUGGGUAUCAGGGAAGAUAUUUAACUAACAAACAUCACCAAAACUUCGUUUACACAGUCGUUUUCUUAACUUAAAGACAGAAAAGUAAGACGGGGUUUCAAAUUCACUGGAAUAGUAUAAAACAACAAAAACUUUUCAACAAGGGUUACAUACCUACCAGAUUCUUAUAAUUUAACUGUUAAUUGGACAUGGCUUUGACAAAUCUAUCUUUCAGUCGUGGCGUUCUGCUUGGUGGUUUAAUAGGCGAUUGUUAUGGCUAUGUUUUUGAAGACAAACCAACAACAACAUUUGACAUUGCUUCUCAAUUGUUUCACAAGACUCUUAGCGGUGCUGAUAACAAGAUGUUAAUAUACACUGAUGAUACUCAAAUGGGUCUUGCAAUCCUACGCUCCGUUAGAUCUCAGAAUGGUUAUAAUCCUGAACAUUUGGCGAGAGAGUUUGCAACGGAUUAUUUUGAAGAUGGAGCGCAUAGAUACUAUGGCGGAACUAUAGGACGUAUUUUUACUUCAAUGAAGAAAGCCAACUACAAGGACCCUUAUAAGUAUGCUGCAGAACUGUUUGACGGGACAGGAUCAUACGGUAAUGGCGGGGCUAUGAGAGCUGCACCUGCAGCACUUUAUGCCUUGAGGUUUUCCGAAUACGAUCUUGAAAGAUUUAUUGUUGAUGUUACUCGUCUAACGCAUACUCACCCUUUGGCUGUCUGUGGUGCACUUAUACAAGCCUAUGCAGUUCGAAAGAUUUUCUUUCUAGCCUGUGAUCGUAUUAAAUUGGAUCCGUUUAAAUUUGUUGACUAUUUAUUACAAAGACUUGAGAGGACUGAAUACUCGUUUGUUAACUUCAAAAUUCCUAUGUGGAGACAAGCGUUUGAGGCAUACAGAGAAAGAUUCGAACAUGUAAAGUAUUUGCUUUCAGCUGGAACAGAGCCUUCAAUCAAUGAUGUUGUUGGUCGUUUAGGUAAUAAUUUGGAAGCUAUCAACUCUGUACCAACUGCAAUCUAUGUAUUUUUACGUAGUUUAACUCCUAUACCUGGUAUCAACUUUGAUUCAGUUCUUCUUCGUUGUGUAAUCUAUGCCAUUGGACUUGGUGGUGACACAGAUUCAAUCGGUUGUAUGGCUACUGCACUGGCUGGUGCUUAUAUCGGUGUUCCAGCAAAUGAUAAUUACGGUGUACUACCCAGAAAUAUUAUUACACGUUGUGAACGUUAUAACAAUAUUAUGAAUACUACAGAAAAUUUUGGAAGUUCACAAAUACCAUUGUUGAUUGUAGAAGGUGGUGGAUAUCCAUCUGUAGAAGGUUGUGUGACGAAAUUUCAGCAAUCACUACCACUAGUGAAUGUGUGA